GGAGGAUCCUGAGGUCCUGUACAUUGUUGAGAAGAUGCUGGAGACCUGUGGCAGUGACAGGUCUCUGAAGAUCACACUCCACAUCCUGAGGAACAUGAAGCAGAAGGAUCUCGCUGAGAGAGAGCAGCACAAUGAAUCCAUUAAAAGAGUCCAGGAGGAACUUAAAACUCAUCUGAAGAAGAAGUUUGAAUACAUAUUUGAAGGUUUAGCAACACAUGGCCACUCGACCCUCCUCAAUGAGAUCUAUACAGAGCUCUACAUCACAGAGGGGGGAAGUGGGGGGGUCAAUAAUGAGCACGAGGUCAGACAGAUUGAGAUGGCAUCCAAGAGACAAACCACCCAGGAGACUCCAAUCCUCUGCAAUGACAUCUUUAAGGCUUUACCUGGACAAGGGAAACGCAUCAGAACUGUGCUUACAAAGGGCAUCGCUGGCAUUGGGAAAACCGUCUCUGUGCAGAAGUUCAUUCUGGACUGGGCAGAAGGAAAAGCAAAUCAGGACGUUGAUUUCAUCUUCACUCUACCUUUCCGAGAUCUGAAUCUGAAGAAGGAAAGAGCAUUCAGUCUGAUGCAACUUCUGCAGCACUACUUUCCACAACUGAAAGAGAUCCAAAGUGUUGAAAGUGAUGAAGUCAAAGUUGUGUUCAUCUUUGAUGGUCUGGAUGAGUGUCGCCUUCCUCUAAAUUUCCAAAGCAAUGACAUCUGCUGUGAUAUAAGAGAGUCAUCAUCAGUGGAUGUGCUGCUGACCAACCUCAUUAAGGGGAAUCUGCUUCCCUCUGCUCUCCUCUGGAUCACCUCCCGACCUGCAGCUACCAGUCAGAUCCCUCCUGAGUGCAUUCACCAGGUGACAGAGGUAAGAGGGUUCAAUGAACCGCAGAAGGAGGAGUACUUCACAAAGAGAAUCAGAGAUCAGAGCCAGGCCACUAGAAUCAUCUCACACAUCCAGUCAUCCAGGAGUCUCAACAUCAUGUGUCACAUACCAGUCUUCUGUUGGAUUUCUGCUACAGUUCUGGAGACAAUGUUGGGUAAAGUAGAGAGUGGAGAUCUGCCCAAAACUCUGACUGAAAUGUACACACACUUCCUGCUCAUUCAGACUAAUGUGAAGAAUCUGAAGUAUCGUGGCUCUGAUGAAACAAACCCAAAGACGUCAGCAUCAGAUACAGAAAUCAUCCUGAAACUGGGGCAGCUGGCUUUUCAACAGCUGGAAAAGGGCAAUCUGAUAUUCUAUGAAGAGGACCUGAGAGACAGUGGCAUUGAUGUCAGUGAAGCUUCAGUGUACUCUGGGGUGUGCACAGAGAUCUUUAAAGAGGAGCGUGGGUUGGAUCAGGAGAAGGUAUACUGCUUUGUGCAUCUGAGCAUUCAGGAGUAUCUGGCUGCCUUGUUUGUGUUUCAUUCAUCUGUAAAUGAGUACAGAAAUGUGCUCAGAGCAGAAGAAUCAAAACCUCACAGUGGCAGAGUGCAGCUGUCUGAGUUGCACAGCAGUGCAGUAGAUCAGGCCUUACGGAGUAAGAAUGGGCACCUGGACCUUUUCCUCCGAUUCCUUCUUGGCCUUUCUCUGGACUCCAUUGAGACCCUCUUAGGAGGACUACUGACACAGACAGGAAGAACAUCAGGAUGGACAACAAAACUCUUAAAGAGACUACAGACAGAAAGCCGAUCAGGGAGCAUCAAGAAAACAGUUCAGUACAUUAAGGAGAAGAUCAAAUGCGAAUCUUCCGCAGAAAGGACCAUCAAUCUGUUCCAUUGUCUGAAUGAACUAAAUGACAACUCUCGAGUGGAGGAAAUCCAGAAUUCCUUGAGAUCAGGAAAAUUUUCUAAUAAAGAGCUGGAACCCCACCAAUGUUCAGCUCUGGCCUUUGUGUUACUGAUGUCAGAGGAGAUCCUGGAUGAGUUUGACUUGAAGACCUACAACACAUCAAAAGCAGGUCGUCAGAGAUUGGUACCAGUAGUCAGGAACUGCAGGAAGGCCAUACUGAACAGCUGUGCCUUAACAGUGGAGUCCUGUGAUAUUGUGGCCUCAGCUGUCCAGUCAUCAAAUUCACCCCUGAGAGAUCUGGACCUCAGCAACAAUAACCUGGGAGAUGCAGGAGUGAAGCUUCUCUGGGCUGGACUGAUGAGUCCAAACUGUAAACUACAGAGACUGGGACUGAACAGCUGUGACCUAACAAAGGAGUCCUGUAAAGUUGUGGCCUCAGCUCUCCAGUCAUCAAACUCACCCCUGAGAGAUCUGGACCUGAGCUACAAUAACCUGGGAGAUGCAGGAGUGAAGCUGCUCUGUGCUGGACUGAUGAGUCCAAACUGUAAACUACAGAGACUGGGACUGAACAGCUGUGCCUUAACAGAGGAGUCCUGUAAUAUUGUGGCCUCAGCUCUCCAGUCAUCAAACUCACCCCUGAGGGAUCUGGACCUCAGCUACAAUAACCUGGGAGAUGCAGGAGUGAAGCUGCUCUGUGUUGGACUGAUGAGUCCAAACUGUAAACUAGAGAGACUGGGGCUGUCAGGCUGUAGAGUCACACAGAGAGGCUGUGAUUCUCUGGCUUCAGCUCUGUGUUCAAACCCCUCACACCUGAGAGAGCUGGACCUGAGAUACAAUCACCCAGGAGACUCAGGAGUGAGAGCGCUGUCUGCUGCUCAACUGGACACACUCACACUGCUUGUGGAACAUGGAGGAGCGAACAGGAUCAAACCAGGACCCCGGAAAUACGGCUGUCGGCUCACACUGGAUCCAAACACAGCACACAGAGAGCUGUCUCUGUCUGAGGGGAACAGGAAGGUGACACACACAUGGGGGAGAGAGGAGCCAUAUCCUGAUCAUCCAGAGAGAUUUGAGUCUGUGCAGCAGGUUAUGUGCAGAGAGAGUGUGUGUGAGCGCUGUUACUGGGAGGCUGAGUACAGUGUGUCUGAGGGGGGAGAGGUUUCUAUAGCAGUGACAUAUAAAGGAAUCAGCAGGAAAGGAGAGGCUGCUGACUGUAGGUUUGGAUGGAAUAAAAACUCCUGGAGUCUGAUGUGCCGUAAACACAGUUACUCUGUCUGUCACAAUUAUAACCCCACACGCCUACCUGCCCCCCCCUCCCCCUACCACAGAGCAGGAGUGUGUGAUGAUGGUGCUGGUGCAGGAGUGUGUGUGUACAGGGUAGGAGUAUGUGUGGACCGUCCGGCUGGCACUCUGUCCUUCUACAACAUCUCUGGCUCUGACACACUGACCCUCCUGCACACAUUCCACAUACACUUCACUCAACACACACCCCUCUGUGCUGGGUUUAGAGUGUGGCGGGGCUCCUCAAUGUCCCUCUGCCAACUGGAGUAGAGACAUACACACACACACACACCUCCACCCCACACAUGUGCACACUCUCAUGCACUCACUCACACACACGCACACACACACUUCACUUAACACACACCCCUCUGGGUUUAAUGUGUGGGGGGGCGCUGCACAGUGUCAACUGUGGAGUUGAGACAUACACAAACACACACACACACACACACAUACACACACGCACACACACACUGAGUGCAGUGUAUCUGAGUGGGGAGAGGUUUCUAUAGCAGUGAUAUAUAAAGGAAUCGGCAGGAAAGGAGAGGCUGAUGACUGUGUUUGGAUGGAAUAAAAACUCCUGUAGUCUGAGGUGCGAUAAACACAGAUACACUGUCUGUCACAAUUAUAACCACACACCCCUACCUGCCCCCCCCUCCCCCUACCACAGAGCAGGAGUGUGUGAUGAUGAUGCUGGUACAGGAGUGUGUGUGUUCAGGGUAGGAGUGUGUGUGGACCGUCCAGCUGGCACUCUGUCCUUCUCCAGCAUCUCUGACUCUGACACACACACACACACACACCUCCACCACACCCACACACACACACACACACCCGUCUGUCCUGGGUUUGGAGUGUAUGACAUGUUGAGGAAAUAUUUUUGUCGCUUUUCCUCCUCGUCCCUUUUACGUGGGUGAAGUUGUUUUGGCAGCAAUGAUGUUGAAGAAGCACUCAGAGUCAAUGGUUGUUCAUUGCAAAUCUUUAGUUUAAAAUAAAACAGAUUAACCUCGGACUCAGGCAAAUUCUUCACCUGUUACACUGACUUAUUCACUUAUUCUCAAUUCUAACCAUUUCAGAGUUUUAAUAAAAGCAUUUAAAUCAAACUUCAUCAUUAUUCUAAACAUUCCUGGUUUUCAAUAAGAGCAUUUUGAUCAAACUUCAACAGACACUUCAGUGUCCCUCUGCCAACUGGAGUAGACACACACAUACACGUUUGUUUUUUUAUAUUUUAAUAAAAUCAUAUUGUAUAUAGAUGUAUUUAUAUACAUUAGAUGAUUAAACAUGAGUAUAAGAUUAAGAGUGUGAUUCUGGUGAAAGAUGGUAAAAGGCUUUUGAGGUAAUAAUUCUGUCUCCUGUAUCUGCAUCUUUGUAUAAAAGAAGCCAGUGGCAAACUUCUCAAGUUAACUGCAUUUUACUAGUUUUUACAGCCGAUUUAAUUUAUUUUCACAAGAGUUCCAUUGUGCAAAGUCAUUAAUGUGAACAGUAAUGGAUUGAGUUUCCUUAUUUACUGUGUUAUGAUUGCUUUGUUUGAACCUGUUCCUGUAUGUGAUUAAACCUGAAUUAUAAAAACA